AUGGAUAUCAAGACACAACCGCCCGAACCCAGAGGCGCCACCGGUCGUCGACCGUCUAGUCCGACGGGCUCUCGGAUCACUUCCUUCCGGUUUCGAAAAAUCACGUUAUAUCGGACUCUCCUCUACUCGCCGUGGACAAUGAAACGUAGUGUAAACUUCAGAUAUACUCUACAUCGUAUAAGAGGAACAUGUACACGUCAUUUAAAAUUUCCGGAUCCAGCAUGGGUCGAGACGGGUAAUAAUUGUUCAGUGAGUAUACGCCAUUAUGUGAUAAUGAUACACUAUGUGUAUGCGGAUUUCGAGAAUUCAUCUUUGUCAUUUUUGUAA